AGCACAAGAAGGCACCACCACGACGGAGAAGAGGCGGCCGUCAAAGGACACCUGGACCUAAAAAAUAGGAAAACACUCCGCCGCGCCGCAGAUCCAGGGUCUCCCGCACGCCCAGCAGGCCAAACGGCCGCCGGAAACGAGGGAGGCCGCUGGUCUUGCCGGUGGAGACGCGAAGGACGCCCAGCGGCCGCUAUCUCGCUUGCGGUUGUUGGCGGAUGGGAGUUGGGGAAGGGGAGCACGCUAGCAAAUAGCAAUAGACCUUUUUCUUUCCCCGGCAACCUUCACUCCCUGGGCCCUGGCCCGUCUCGCUGCCGAGCGCGCCAACCCCGUCGCUCAGUCGCUCCUCGCGCGAGCGCCGCCACCCCUCCCUGACUCCCUCCCCAUCCCGCUGCCGAGCGCCCCAGUCCCCUCGCUCCGUCGCUCGAGCGCCACCACCAGCCGUAUGGAAGAAGGCAGCAACUAUUAUGUUGUCAAGAAAGGGGAGACGGUGGCUGUUUACAAAACAUUGAAUGAUUGUCAGGCACAAAUUUGCUCUUCGGUAUCUGGUCCUGCUGCAAGUGCCUACAAGGGUCACUGCUGGAGCAAAGAGAAGGCGGAAUACCUCUCUUCACGUGGACUGAUCAAUGCUUCUUAUGCAAUCAGUGCAGCUGAACUUAGGGAAGAUUUAUUGGGCGCCCUUGUGCCGUGCACUUUCCAGGAGAUUACUGGUCCUAGUUCAAACCUGACAGGCAUCUGUAACGAUAUAGGAUAUCAGCCUGGUAUCCACAAUGAUAUAAGAUAUCAGUCUGGAGAACAACUCGUGGAUCUGAAUUAUAAUGCUUCUGGAUCUGGUCAAUCCCAAGGUUACUCGGAUCAGGAACAAGCAUUUAGCAGGCUGGAAGCCAGACCAAUGUCCUCCAGCCAUCUCUCGCCAAAUAACAUCAGCUACAGUGGAGCCGUUGAUGCACAACCUGUUUCAAAACAAUAUAUGGUAUGUGUUAUUCACUUUGAUGGCGCUUCAAAAGGAAAUCCAGGAAAAUCUGGUGCUGGGGCUGUACUUAUGACUGAAGACGGGAGAGUGAUAUCUCGACUUCGUGAAGGUCUUGGUGUUGCUACCAAUAAUGUUGCCGAGUACCGGGGCCUGAUCUUAGGACUGAAAUAUGCUAUCAAGCAUGGAUUCAAGAGAAUCAAAGUGUAUGGUGACUCUCAACUAGUUUGUUAUCAGGUGAAAGGUACAUGGCAAGCAAAGAAGGAGAACAUGAUGGAAUUGUGCAAAGAAGUGAGAAAACUCCAAGAAAACUUCAUAUCUUUUGAGGUCAACCAUGUGCGACGGGAAUGGAAUGCUGAGGCGGAUCGCCAGGCAAACAUAGCUCUCACCCUCGCAAGUGGUGCGGUCUCAGAGGAGCGUGGGGACGUCUUCUAAGUUGGACGUCUUCUUAGCUACUACUCCACAGUAGCGUCCUGCCACCAUAACUAGUCUAUAGAGGAGCAGUAGUUAACAGUUAACCCAUAUGUUGCAUCAAGUGGUUCUCUGUAUCCAGUUGAAUGUGACCUUGCAUGUAUGAUUGGUUACUCCUUGCCGCCUAAUAUUUGUAUUAGCGGGCCUCCUUCUGGGCAAUCAUAUGGCUGUUUUUGGUGAAAGCUUUGCACUCCAUGGGCCUUAC